CCAAACACCUGGUAGAAAAAAUUGAGGGGUAGGACUCGUAGGAGGUUUAAUAAGGAGUAGCCUCGCCCGCAAAAUCCACCACCACAACAGGGAGGCAAAGCGCGCUCUCCUCUCCCCUCUCCCCUCUCCGUUCUUCCAGAAUUUCUGGAGCAACCUCCCUCCCAAUUUGAUGGGUCCCUUUUUUCUUUAACAACUGAAUCUCGCUAGUUCUCAUUCGUCCAACAUUAUCGCCAAUUUUGGCUGAACUGUCCUCCGAGGAAACUUUUCUCAUCCUUCAAUAUACAGAGUAGUUAAUUUUGGGAUUUGAAAAUUGAUUGUUUUUGGGAACCUUCUUGUGAAUUUCUGCCUAUAUUAGAGCUGUUGGAUUAUUUGUAGGGAUUUUUGUGUCUCGGAGGAUCUGGUAACUCUGUGAUUUCUGUAAUAAUCGGCUAGGGUUUAAGGCAUGGAGGGCGAAAAUCGAGAUGGGGGAAGCACGUUUAGGGUUAAUUUCAGUGACGAAGGAGCCGCGAAACUAGCAGCGCUAUUGACGGAUACGUUGAAAGAAUACAUGGGUGAUGACGUUGAUGAUACUCUCGUGAAAUAUGUCAUAGUCUUACUGGGCAAUGGCCGACUCAAGGAAGAGGUCAAGGAGGACCUGGAUGUUUUUCUGGGAGAUAAGAGUGAUUCUUUUGUAACAUGGCUGUGGGAUCAUCUUGCCUCUAACUUGGACCUGUAUGUAGGAUCCCCUCAAUCUUGUCCAAAUGAAGUGGCAAAAGCUAAACCUGAAUUGGUUGAGCGUACAAGUAAAGAUCAUUCUGAUCACCCAGUUUCAGAAUCGGAUAGAGGAAAGUCUAGCAAGACUUUUAGAAGCCGACACAAUAGGGAUUGGAAAGGACUUGUGACAGAUAACAGUCAACCUCCUCUUAUUCGUAGUUCAGUUACCAAUAAUUUACAGAAUGAAGAGAAAACCUAUCCCAAUGCUUUGCAUGGCAGGCAAUCUGUUUCCCCGGAACGUCCUGUGCAUAGGAAAAGAUAUCGCCCUGGUGAACGUCCCCGGCCAAAGAGAGAAAUAUCUCAAGCAACUAUUGCUGCUCCUAGGAGGCUGCUGCAAUUUGCUGUUAGAGAAGCAGUUGCAACUACAAGGUCCUCCAACUCUGUGUCAGAGCCAGCACGAAAGCGACUGCGGUCUGUGGUUUCUACGACGACUGGAAAUUCAACAGAGGAAGUUUAUCAUAGGAGAAUUCAGUCAGCAGUAAGGUUGCAAAAUCCAAUGGCAACUGCCAUUAACGCUGUUGCAGAGGCAUCCAAAGAUGUCAGAAGGGUAAGAACUGGAAAUGUCUUUGACAGACUGAGUCGCGGUGAUGGAAGCUCUGAUAAAGUACCAGUCUUCAAAGAACUUGCUGUCCAAGAUGAUGAACAUGACAAUUAUGAUCAUAUUCAUGAGAAAUCACGUCAUAGAUAUGUUGAAAAGAGAGAGAACAAUGGACAUCACAAUGUGAAUGCAUCCAUUGUGAAUAGCAGCACAGGCCUGGCAUCUGAUUCUGCAUCUGAUAAUGAAGGAUAUGAUGAUGUCAAUGUUGUUGGUGCUAGAGGAGUUGAUGUCUCUGAAACUGGCACUUCUGCUAAAGCUGAUGAUUCAUUGAUGGUGCAUUAUAGUGUUGACCAAAAUACUGAUGGGGUGACACGUCAAUCACGAAGAAAAGAUCAAGAAUUACCAGCUUCUGCCGCUAAUACCAAGCAUAAGAUUGUUAAUAUCUCAGUGAAUGUAAAUACUUGGAAACCACACCAUUACCAAGCAGCACGAGAGGUUCCAGAUGUUGAGAUACCAAAGUCCACACAGGAGACUGACCUUGGAGCUAGCAAUUCUAAUGGAAAUCCUGCUGCAGACACCCAGAAACUAAAUCAGAAAACAGCGGGAUCAUCUCUUCCUGGGGCUCAUUCAACUGGCCGUCCUUUGGAAGAUGCUGAUUCUCGUACAAUUUUUGUCAAUAAUGUUCAUUUUGCUGCUACCGAGGAUACUCUGUCUCGGCAUUUCAACAAGUUUGGGGAAGUGUUAAAGGUGAUAAUUCUGACUGAUGCUGCAACUGGACAUCCAAAAGGAUCGGCUUAUGUGGAGUUCAUGCGGAAAGAAGCUGCGGAUAAUGCUUUGACAUUGGAUGGGACAUCCUUUAUGUCACGUAUGGUCAAGGUUUUGAAGAAAAGCUCUGUCCAGCAAGAAGCCAAUCCUGUGAUGAUGUGGCCUCGUAUUACUCGUGGUUCUCCAUUCGCUGCUCCUAGAUUUGCUCAAGCUCCUUUCCCAAAGGUCUUUCCUGGUACACAGAGAGCUCGACCACCUGUUAAACCAGGUAUGAGGAGUAUGCAGUGGAAGCGGGAUACCCAGCAAACCUCAGUGGAGAGUGUGGCUUCUGUUCCCGGAAACUUAAAUGCGGGUCGUGGCCUCACCUAUAUCCGUACAGAUGCCAAGUGAGAUUGGAAUCCCGGCGCCACGUAAUUGAAAUAUUUAGGUUUGUUAUGGAAUGUUAGAGAGAAGCCUUUUUUUCACAAUUUCAACAAAUUCAACCUAAGCUGGGGUUGGGGUGAUGGAUUAGGUUGAGGAUGGUUCAAGAAGACCACUUGCUUUUCGUAACUGUUUGUCGCAAUGGUGGAUAGACAAAAGGAGACACUUACAAUUGCACGCGAUGAACUGUAAAAAAGAAGUUUUUGGCGGGAAGGAAAAAGGAUGACAUUGAAAAUCCUGAUAAAUGACUGAGCACACUUUUUGCAAAUUGUUGAGGUGAUAUAGUUGGGUGAAUGAGUAAUUUUGGCUUUGUUUUCUGUUGGUUUGGGAUUGAAGUAAUGUGGAAAAGAGGGAAUGCAAGAAUGGAUCCAUAGCAGCCAUUUUAUCUUUUUGGAACAACUUACUAGACUUGAUAAGAAAAAUUACUGCAAUGUACAGUUAUUUUAUCGUUGAUCAUCUGUUAUUUCAUUAUCGUUUUACA